AUAGAAAAGCCGCAAUUUCUCUCAGAAGGCGAGUCUCAGGUUUGGGACAGGCUGGUAGCCGAGUUUGCACCCACCCAACUCGUGGUGCAGGACAUAUCCGGCGGUUGCGGAUCGAUGUACGGCAUCGACAUUAGCUCAGAGAAGUUUCGCGGUCUCAGCAUGCUCAAGCAGCAGCGGCUUGUAAACGCUGCGCUAGGAGACUUGAUGAAGGGGUGGCAUGGCGUCCAGCUGAAGACGAGGGCGCCUUAG